GCUCGACUAUUCAUUUUACGUACGCGAGUCUAAUAUACAUAUUAUUAUCGCUGGUUUCGUUUUUUAAAAUAUAUAUGCGCAACAAUUAUAAUCCGAAUUUUACGCUCGUGUAUCGAUUUAGUGGUCUUGUCACCUGUGUCGUACUGUUGUUCGUUUGUCGUAAAAAAAUAUGCCCGCAGUACAUAUAACGCAUGAGAGAAGAUAAAUUGUAUCACCGACAUUGUAAUCGGUUAAGACUGAAAACAUCGUUAAGUCGCAAUCGUUCGACYCACUGAUUGUUCGAGGACGUCCGCAGUAUCGCAACACAUCACCACAUUUAGAGCCAAAAUAUUCAUGAAUCAUGUGGAAAAUUACCGUCCACGAUUCGCGGUACAAUAACCCGUGAUCGGGCGAUGAAGUCAUGUUUCAAUGUUCGUCGACGAGCACGGUCGGCGCCAACACAGGGGUCGUAUCCAGUGACACGCAAAACGGUUACCGCGGUCAUUACCAUCACGAUCGAAUAGUGUACGUUCCGUCGUCAAAGCCAAAUAAUAUGUUCGGUCUUGCGCACCACCAGUACAACGCACCACCGCCGGCGCCGCUGCCGCUGCCGCCACCGUCCACGGCCGGCACCGGAGUGCCAGAGGCCACCACGCACUCGUGGCAGAACGCACCGUCCCGGAUACAGAGCAGUAGUCACCACGUCCCGGCUGCCGCCAGUUCGCCGGCCACCAACAGCGGUGGUGGGAUUCCCGCUGGUGGACACCCGAAUGUCGUCCCGAUGUCGUCAUCGUCGUCAGCCACCCCGCCGUUCUAUCAGAGUGCCGCCGCUGCCGCAGCCGCCGCGGCCAUUAUGUGGCCAAAUCCCACGACUGCCGCAUUCCAAGCUCAUCAUUACGACGCCGGAAUGGAUUUGCAGUUCGGUGACGGUCGGGAGUGCGUCAACUGCGGUGCGAUUUCCACACCGCUGUGGCGACGUGACGGCACCGGACAUUAUCUGUGCAACGCGUGCGGACUGUACCACAAAAUGAACGGCAUGAAUAGGCCGCUUGUCAAGCCUGCCAAAAGAUUAGUCGCCUUCGAGACUGCAUCCAACAGGCGCCUCGGUCUGUCAUGUACGAAUUGCGGUACCCGAAUGACCACCUUGUGGAGGAGAAAUAACGACGGCGAGCCCGUGUGCAACGCGUGCGGUCUGUACUACAAACUACAUGGCGUCAACAGGCCGCUGACGAUGAGGAAGGAUGGUAUCCAGACAAGAAAGAGGAAACCUAAGAAGCAGCCUUCGUCGUCGUCUUCUUCUUUAAACGGUUCGUCAAAUUUGGAGAACCAUAAACAAUCUACUUCCGCGGCCAUAGAUCUAUUAGUGAACAAACAUCAUGCAACGRUGGAAAUUAAACACGAACACAAUUAUGAUCCAGCGUCAGCUGCAGCUGCCGCAGCGGUAGCCGCGGAACACUUYCUCUUUCCCGGYACGACGGGCGGCCAUCACCAUCCCCAACUGGGUGGAUUUAGUUUUCCGCUUCCUCAGGCUCCGAUGCCAGCACACAACUACCAACACCUGUUGAACGGACACGUCAACAAUAAACUGAUGGCGUCCUAGAAUCCAUCUUGUAUAUAGAUUGAAAUUUGAAACAGCCUCUGUUAUUGGAUUUUGUACAUAAUUAUAAUAUAGUAUGUCCUAUAUAUACACAUAUAUCAUAUUAUUAUCAUAUUAACAAUAUAAUAAUAUGUAAUAUAUAGUCAACCAAGUUCAAUUUYUUGCGAUUUCUUGACUUGUUAAAAUGCAAACUAAUACUAACAAAAUUAAUAUAUUAUAAUUAUACAUAGUUGUGUAUGUAUACCUACUGAGUACUAAAAUACCAACAGUAUACCAAAAAAUUUGUUAAGUAAAGUAAAAUAUCAUAUGAUGAUAAUGUCAAUUUAUYGUAAACGAGCCAUUUUUUGAACACAUAUAAUACAUUAUUGUAUCACGCUCUCUUUCCAAAACUUUAUUUGAAACUAUAGUAAUUGCUUAUCACGUUAGUCGUAUAUUUCGAUUUUGUUUAAAUUUUAGUGCAGACACAUCCACGCGUUAUAGUUUUUUGGGAUGAUCCAUUUAAAAUUUAAAUGUUUACGGAGAAUGAACUAUUUAAUGACUAACUGWUUUUAAUUUGUCUAGUCUUAUAUAUAURCUGUAAGCAYUAAAAUUCAUCGAUUUACAAAUUCGUUUUUAUUUUUCGUGGCUAUAAGGUUUUGGCUACAGAACGCUUAUCACUCACGAUUCACGAAAUUAUAUUUAUCUGUUAAAAAUUGUACAUAAUAUUUUAUUAUUUGGAUCUAAACAAUAUUUUUUGAGUGUUGUAAAUUAUUUUUGGCGUGUCCUGACUCUUCAAAAGCCAAAUUUUGAUUUUUCAUUAUGUAUAUAUAUAACAUUAACUUGUAGAUUUACUAUUAAUUUAUAUUACGUGUAAGUAUAAUUAUAUAUUUAUUGUGUACUAUAUACUUAAUGAAAUGUAAAACUAUUUUAUAAAUAUGGUAAUAUAUACUUACGACUUAAUGAUUGUAUACAAUUAAAUCGCUAACAUYGUAAUAAUGUUAUUGUUGUAUAACAGCAAAUACUACGAGCAUGACGGUUGGUGCGUAUCUAUCGUUAAUAAUAAAUAUUAUCCCCAACAUUAUGUAUAUUAUAUUAUAAUAUUAUGUCAAACUAAACAUAAUAUAGUAAUUAAUAAUUAUCUAUUAUCAGUCUCUAUGUAUUCUACUCUAAUAGUAAUAACACGGUGACAACAUUAUUGUAUUUAACAACAAUUAUAAAACUAUUAUAUCAAAAACAUAAAUAAAAAAAACCCCGUUUUCAGAUGUAUAACAMCAUAUGUAYAGAUAUGCAUUUUUAUUAAAAUAUUUUACGUUUAUUUGCUGCACUAACCAACCAAGUAAACCACCAAGGCACAAGUUAAAAUUGAAAGAUUUAUGAUUUAUCAUUAAUUUAAUCGAUGAUGACKUUGGUAAAUGAGUGGGUUCUAAAAAGUUCAAAUAGCAUUGGCAUAAUUACCAACUAGAGGGCUUUCUGAAAUCAAUCUCCGAACAUUUUACAAUAACAUAUUAGUAUUACCCGUUGUUAAAAAUAUAUAACUUAGAAGUUUAGU